GACAACAAUCAAGACAAUUUAUUUUUAGCUAAAAAAAUAGAAUAAAACACUAGAAAAUUGUUCAAAAUGCCCGUCCUCGAUGUUGCUAAUAUGAAGGUAGCCGAUUUGAAGCGUGAGUUAAAGGAUAGAGGACUCUCCGUUGCGGGAAACAAAAAUGAAUUGCAAGACCGCUUGCAGGCUGCCUUGGAUGGCGAACCAUUGCUAGAAGACUCUUCAAUUGCGGGUGAAGACAUAUUAGACGAGGAAGCUGUCUUAUCUGAUGAGGAAAAGAUAUUGGCUGGCGAUGAGAAUGAACUUCUCAAGAGCCCAACAACAACACCCACCACCAUUCUGCCUACAUCAAAGGGAACAUCAGAUAACAAUGAUUCUGUAUUGACCGAGGACGAGAUAUUGGAAUCACCAACGGCCACAGCUAAGAAAGUCGUAUUGAAACGUAAAAUAUCAGUUAACAAUAGUGGCUCAACCAAUGAAUCUUCGAACACUACCAAAGAGAAUACAGAACCCACCCAGGCGAAAACAGCAAAAGUGAGUGAACAUACUCCCAUAACGGUGGGAAAUUCUGGCGCUUCUGCUACAGCAGCAUCUGGUACUGGUGCAACUAAAAAGUUUUCGGAAAUGACAUUACAAGAACGUUUGGAAUUACGAGCUAAGAAAUUUGGACUUAGCACCGCUAGUACAGCAACAACACCAGCUGUCACUACCACAAAUUCGGUUGCCUCAAAUAAGUUGAUUUCACAAGCACCCGUUGUAAGCAGUGAAAAACAAGUGGAACUGCUGAAAAAACGUGCCGAACGUUUUGGUUGUGUUACAUCGACAAAUCUGGCCAAAUUGGAUGCGGAAGAACGAAGACUAAAACGUCUCCAGAGAUUCGGUGGUGAAGUAACGGCAAAAAAUAACGCAACUACAAAUGCCACGGCAACCACUGCCGAUUCAAGUGAGUGGGCAGAAAAGGCUAAGAAACGUUUAGAGCGUUUUGGUGGCUCUACAACAGCAACGUCCACGACGUCGACGGCAACGCCAGUGACAACUGCAACGACGACCACAAAACCCGUUGCAGCAGCUGCUAGUAAUUAA